AUGGCAUUUUUCCAAUUGAUACUGCAUGCUAAUCACUUAGAAAAAAUAAGGAAAGCUUACGAAGAUGAAAAAUUGACAUCGAUCGAUAUUUGGAAAAGUGGCGAGCAUCGAUUUACAAUAAAACAGAGAAUUCGCCGAAGAAAAUUAUGUUGCAUUGUAUUUCUAUUAUUGCCACAAUUGUUCUCAAGACGAGGAAAGCAAGCCUUAAUGGCGUACGCGUUUAUUUUAGCUUUAACCGGACCGGUGAAAAAUACUUUGCACAACAUGGGUAUACUGUCAGAAUCAUUGUCUUGCGCGCAAGAACAGUUAAAAGAGGCGAUAAAGACCGUGGUUGAUUUAGCGAAGCAGCCAUUUUACGCUCUCAGAGAUGCAAUAUCGAAAGUUGUAAAGUCAGUGAAAGUAGUCGUAAAGAAGAUAAAGCAAACUCUAAUUGCGAUUAAAAGGAUCGUUCUCAGUAUUCUUAGAGUUAUCAGUUCGGUAUUUCAAUGGCUUGGAAGUAUUAUAAAUAUGUGUAAUAAAAAGUUGGGCACACCUUUCGAGAGGUGUCAAAACGUUUUCGAAGGCGCGGUGGCCGAUUGUAAAGCGAAAUUAGGACCGUAUCUCGGCCUGGUUUGCAAUAUAACAUACAUAGUCAGUACUCUGUGUUACAUAGUGAAACCAAUGGAUUUUAUUUGCAUGCUUGUCUCUUAUAUCUCCGACGCUGUAGUCGGUGUCGUACGAAACAAGAUUAAAAAGUUUACAAUGCACAUGAAGGCGAUGUUCUACGUUAAAGUUAAGUUCUCCCAUUCGUUUCAUUUCGAAACGAAUCAAACCAAAACGAUAAAAGAAGUGACCACGAGCAUUGGUAAGGAGAUACGGUCGAGGACCGACAAAAUCUUUGCAAUUUUCGAUGUUCUAAGUUUCGCCACGACCUUCUUCUUUUUCUUCAUAAUACUCAAAGUAUUGCAUUAUCGUUACAAAUGGUUGACUAGCGAGCGUUACGACAAUCGAUACAUAACCAAUGAUAUACGUACCAUCGAUUUGAUAAGGGCGCGGCAAGAGAAAGAGACAGUUUUGCCGCUCAAUCCGCGAGAGCAGAGAAGAUUCGCGUCGUUAACAUCUACUAAGUUGAUCAAACCCGAAAGGGUUAAAUUAGCUAGAUCUUUAAUAUUUUUAAGCAUGGCGACGAUGAAACUAAUCACCUUCAUGGCGAUAGAUUACAGUCUUUAUUGGAUAUUAAAAAUGAUCCAAAUCUAUGGACGGUAUCAAAGUAAGGUGGAACGACCAAGCGUGAUAACUAUUCACGUGGCCGGUGAUGGAUAUUUAGCUGAACUUUAUAGAAGCAUCAUAAAAUCGUUUACACCUCAUGAAAAUGAAGCGGAAGUAGACACCUUGCUUUGUCUCCCGGAUCCUAUACCUCCUAACACGGAUGUAUACGUCCAAAUCGUCACUAUAAUACUUUUAUGCUGGCUGAUAACUUUCUUUGAACCUUACGGUUUACGAUUAAGACAAGUGGUCAUGUGCCAGUAUUACCCUGACAGAGCGAAACAAAGAGCAAUUUGGCUGUACAAUCAUAUAAUCAGGUCAAGAGUAAGUUUCUUGAAGUUCGCUAGACGUCAAUUGCGCCGAAAAUUCGGUUUGAGCGGAGACGAGGUUGUCGAAAAAAUGACGCUAAAGGAGAAAUUGUGGGCUAUGUGUCCAUUUUUGAACACGUUAUUCCCAUUAAAACAAACUGCAUGCCUUCUAUGUGGCGCGAUCGAACGUCCUGAACAUGAACCACAUAUCAAAUGCCCAACACCUGGCUGCGUUGGUCUCUAUUGCACGCAGUGUUUCGCCGAUUUGCAGAAAUUGUGCACAAUUUGUCGAAUGCCGGUGGAGUAUGGUGAUUUGACCGACAUGAGCGAGGAGAAAGAUUCAGAACUUGAUGAACCAUUAAUACUACCCGAGCCUGAAGAACCAGAAGUGGAGGAAGAGGAAAUAAUAGAAGAAGAAGAGAUACCAAUAGAAGAAGAAAUUGUGGAAGAAGAAGAAAUACCGGUGGAAGAGGAAAUAGAGAUACCGGAGGAGGAAGAGAUUGAGAUACCAGAGGAGGAAGAGAUAGAGAUGCCGGAGGAAGAGGAGAUACCAGAAGAAGAAAUAGAGAUGAUACCGGAGGAAGAAGAGAUGAUACCAGAGGAAAUAGAGGAAGAACCACCAAUAGAGGAAGAAAUAGAGGAAGAACCACCGAUAGAAGAACCACCUGUAGAGGAUGUCUCAGAAUAUCAGGAAGAAGAACCUCCAGAGGAACCUCCAGAGAUUGUAAAACGGAAAAUACCUUUCAAAGAUGUGGAAGCACAAAGAAUAAGGGACGACGUAACAAUUCAAAUAUUUAACCAACCGUUUGUAAAACUGUCAUCCUCGAGCAGUGAAUCAUUGAUUUCUCCCUUCGUUGUGAGGGCACGUAGAAAAGUGUGUGCCAAAAUAAAGAAACGACCGAUUGAUAAAGAUUCCGAUUCGUCUACUUCGAUCGCCGAUACGGAAUCCUGGACGAGCGAGAUAGUGGACGAGGAAGAAGUGAUACACAUAGAAGUGGGCGACGACGAUGAAGAAUUACUCCCAAGGGAUCGGCGGGAUAAGAGGAAACUGGGUCGUAUAAACAGAAUCGUCAAUGCGGUUGCAAGAAUUCCUUGGCUCGGUAAAGGAGAAAAACCGUGCAAAGGAUUGCAAAAGAAACGUCCAUCCCUUAUGAAUAAAAUUGUCAGCAUGCUUACGAGAAAGGAAUCGAUGCCGAUGCAAUCGUACAGAAGGGUUAGAAAGAUAAAAGAUUCCACUUCUUCGUGUUCCUGUGACGAUGAAAACGAGAGUCUGUUAAAAAUAGAGGACAGGGCCACUGGGAAUAUAUAUUUCGCUAAACGAAGAACCAAAAGAUCAAUCACGGAAGACGAUUGUGACGAAAAUUUUAGCGAGAUAGUCCCCUAUGGAAGAUUCGCCACUAAACAAUUACCAAAGCAUUUGGAAUCCGCUGUGAAAGACACGUGUUACUUCGAGGAAGAUGAAACUAAAAAUUUACGUACACGAAAGUGUGUUCGUCAAAUGGAAGACGUUAAAUCUGAAUUAUCGAGAGAAGAUGUUGGAAUUUCAGGAAGGAAACCUAGGACUUCGGGAGCGUAUCCUAGAUUUUCGAAAGGAUAUCCUAAAAAGGAAAAUACCGAAAUUACAAAAAGAAAAUCCGGAAUUUCGGAAGAAGAAUUUAAAAUUUCAAACAAAGCAACUAGAUUAGAAGAGCCUAGAAUUUCGAAAGAGGAAGGUAAAAUUUCAAGGAAGAAGCCUAAAAUUUUUGAAAAAAGCUGUAAAUUUUUGGAAGUCAUGAAACCUUUGGAAACUAUGAAGCCUUUGAAAACUCUUUGGUCGUCGAAAGUUAAAGAAAAGAUUGAUACAGACGAAGAAACGAAACACGAUGACAUGGAGCCCAUAGAAAUGAAAGUUGACAAAGAUUUACUACCAGAUAAAAACAGAUUCGCUCAAACAAAGUUUUAUAAACACGAUAAAGAAGAUAAAAAUGGUAAACUGGAUAUUAGAAAUACAGAAGCAAGAAAGAUUAGUAAACUUCCAAGAGAGUUGAGCAGGGAAAGGAAGAAAUAUCGGGAAAGGUGCAAGAGGCAUCAUCGUAGCCGUUCGAGGCGAAGAAGAUCCAGUUGUUCAGAGGAAUCAAUAUUAACGGAUGACGAAGAAACAUACGAAUACAAAUCCAGAUUAAAGAAACCGUGUCGGUAUACCUGUGAAACACCUAGUAGAGAAAGAAGACGGAUAAGAGAAUGGGAAUCGUACGAAAAUAUUCAUUUCCCGUACGAGUGCGAGUGUUGCCCACGAAAUUGUAGAACGCAUAUUUAUAAAAGGAGUGGUUCUGAAAUUCCUCGUGAAUUUAUUACGACAGAACCAGAAGCAACGACGCGAAGAUCCGAAAUGCCUAUGGUAAAAAGAUAUUUACCUAUGUACCAGACUCCGGAAUUAAUCGAAGAGUUGAAAAGACACGACAGAAUGAAAUUAAUUCAAGAGAAAGAAAAGAGAAAACAUAGAAGCCCUUUCCGAUGUUUAGACAGCUCGACGAGCAGUAGAAUCGAGACUCAAAGGAUCAAUCCCUCUCUUGCAUCUGAACGUUCAUUCAAAGUUCAAAGUUCAAUUCAACAAGAUGACAGAUAUCCUUACCAGGAAUCGCAGACUUAUAAAAAUGUCUUGAGCGAGUUUCAAAGAAGAAUCGGAUGUCGAGAAAGUCAUAAAUCUGGCGAAAGCAUACCAUUGAUAUGUUUGUCUGAAAAGGCAGAUAAAAGUAAACGCGUAAAACAACUUUAUCCAGCCAAAAGUCGAUGUGAAAGAAAAUCGGAUCUGAAAAAAUUCACUCAUAAAAUGUCGCCUAGAUGCAAACAUAAGAUGCACAAAGCAAAUGUAAGGUUUGAACAAGUGAAAAGUUGUGAUUGCUCACAUGAUUCAGAAGUUUUAACCGAGACAUCCUCCGCUUGUAGUUGUGCCACAUAA